CGUUCGCAUCGCAUCGCGACGCAUCGGAUGGCGCGACGCGCGCGCCUGCGCACGCGGCUCACCGAUCUCGUUCCCGGACUCGAGCAUCCCGUGACGCAGGGCGGCAUGCACCACGUCGCGUACGCCGCGCUCGUCGCCGCGGUGUCGAACGCCGGCGCGCUCGGCACGCUCACGGCGCUGACGCAGCCGACGCCCGAGGAUCUGCGACGAGAGAUCGCGCGAACGCGCGCGAUGAUCACGCGGAGGAGCGAAAAGAGUAAGAGCGGAUACGCGCCGUUCGCGGUGAACUUCACGCUGCUGCCGGCGCUGCGACCGCCGGAUUACGAAUCGUACGCGAGGGUGAUUUGCGAGAGCGACGUCGAGGUGGUGGAGACGGCGGGAGCGAAUCCGGGGAAAUUCAUCGAGAUGUUCAAGAAAAAGGGGAUAAUAGUGAUACAUAAGUGCACGACGCUGCGACACGCGCUGGCGGCGGAGCGGUUGGGGGUGGACGCGGUGAGCGUGGACGGGUUCGAGUGCGCGGGACAUCCGGGGACGAACGACGUGGGGGCGAUGGUUUUGUUGGCCAAGGCGCGAGACGUGCUGACGGUACCGUUUCUAGCGUGCGGGGGGAUAGGAACUGGGAGGCAACUCGCGGCGGCGCUGGCUUUGGGCGCGGAUGGGGUGUGCAUGGGGACGAGAUUUAUGGCGACGCGCGAGGCGCCGAUUAAGGAUGGCAUCAAACGCGCGUUAAUCGCCGCCGACGAGAACCAAACCACGCUCGUCAUGACGACGGUGAAGAAUCACGAGCGGGUGUAUAAGAAUAAAGUCGCCGAAGAAGUGCGCGCGAUCGAGGCGGUGAAGCCCGGAGACUUUGGCGCGAUUCACCAUUUAGUGCGCGGGGAAAACUAUCGCGUAUCGUUUCAGGAAACCGGCGACGCCGAAUCGAGCGUCUGGAGCGCCGGAUGCGUCAUGGGUCUCAUCGACGACGCCCCAUCGUGCGACGAACUCCUCACGCGCAUCAUCGACGAGGCUGUGGACGUGAUGACGACGCGACUACAUCGCAUGAUUGUCGUAGACGCCGCGCUCUGAGCCGCGUUUCGCCGUAGAAGCUCC